UUUUUUGCUAUGUUAAAUACAAUAAGUCCCAUUAAAAAAACGCAUUUAAGAAAAACGACUCCGAAAGGGUGUUCUGAACUUCGCGGCUUGCCGUAGAUUGUCCCACUGUCAUCAUUACCACGUCUUCCUGUCCCGUUUGUAGCAAACACUUAGCUAGCUUUCGUUACCAUGUCCCUGUGCUCAGUCUGUGGACGUUACAAUUGGAGGUAGGGUAGCUUUUAUGGAAAAAAAAACUAACGUUAUUUGUAUUUUAAUAUAGUGUAAUACACGGUGUAGGAUAGGCCCCGCCCCUCCUUAGAGGUAAACAAAAUAUAUCUUCGUCACCAAACGUGAUCGACAUACAGUAACAGUUAAAGUUAGCCAUCACCCUACUUGAGCCGUCGCAUGUAAAUGGAAAUAACUAUCAUUUCACAAUGAAUUGCCGCUCGGAAGUUCUUGAAGUAACAGUGGAGGCCAGGCAGGUGGAAGAAGCUAUGCUGGCUUUGUUGCACACCAUUUUACUGCAUCGCAGCACCGGGAAAUUUCACUACAAAAAAGAGGGCACCUACUCCAUCGGUACCGUGGGCACACUAGACAUCGACUGCGACUUCAUCGAUUUCACCUUUGUGCGGGUGUCCUCCGAGGAGCUGGACAGAGUGAUCAGAAGAGCUGUGUCUGAAUUCAAGGAUGCUUUGAGCAACUCUGGCAGCGAUGGCAUGGGGCAAAUCUCCCUGGAGUUUUACCAGAAGAAGAAGUCUCGCUGGCCUUUUUCGGACGAGUGUAUUCCCUGGGAAGUGUGGAGCAUCAAGGUCAACGUUGUCAACCUGGCCAAUGAGCAGGAGAGACAGAUCUGCAGGGAGAAAGUGGGCGAGAAGCUGGGCGAGAAGGUGAUCAACGUUGUUGAGGUCAUAAAUCGCCACGAAUACCUGCCAAAGAUGCCCACCCAGUCUGAAGUGGACAAUGUUUUUGACACCAGUCUCAAAGAUGUCCAGCCCUACCUUUACAAAAUCACAUACCAGAUCACUGACUCCCUGGGCACCUCUGUAAGCACAACAAUGAGGAGGCUGAUUAAAGACACCCUGGCACUGUGAGGAUGCUCCAAGACACAGAGAGAGAAAGAUAUGGAUGCUUUUAUCCAUUCCUGUAUCUAUAUCAUGCCUGACAACUCUUUCUAUUGAUAAGUGUCCGCUCUACUCCUGCUACAAUGAAGCAGUGUCAAUGUAAUUAGUCACUGUUUUGAUGUCUCUGCUGUGGUUCCAGUAUUGGUUGUACCAUAAGAUUCUUAAUUAUGUAUUGUCUGUUUUAAAGAGAUUUUGUUUUUGCUUUCUCUUUUGUAAUUGUCUUCACCUUUAACACAGUGUAUAUCAGUUAAAUUCUUUCAAAAGUUGUCUUGCUGAUAAUGUCAAUUCUGUAAAUUAUUGUAAAUCUUUGACAAUAAAUGUUCAUUGUAACUGAUGGUAA